CUACACUUCCUGGUUACGCUUAGCUUCCUGCAACAGUUAUAACUGUCUGAAAAUUCCGUGGCUAGGACGUGGUCUCAUGCAGAAAAGGAAAAAGGCAAGGGCGUCAAAAUGGAGGCUUUCAGGCAGACAUACUUAUGCCUGUGUAAGGAAGGAGCCGUGGAACCCCAGGAAAGCGUCAUGGUGAAGUUGCAGGAGUGCAGAGCUUCCCGCCUGGAUUUGAGCGGACUGAGUCUGUCCACAGAAACCUGCACGGUGCUUGGUCGGGCUUUUCAAAACGACACUUUCGUUUCUGAUGUGUCUCUCAGUGACUGCAUGCUCAGCGAGGAAGGUGCCAAAGUCUUCCUGACCGGCCUUUUUUAUAACACAACCCUUAAAGUCCUGGAUCUAAAGGGAAAUAACCUGAAAUCAACAGGGGCUAAGGUGUUGGGAAAAUUGUUGGCACGCAACAAGGCUCUUGUUAGGUUAGUACUGGACUGGAAUGCACUCGGCAUUUGGGAUGAAGCCUUCACCGCCUUUUGUGAGGGUCUGAGCUCUAACUGUGUGCUCACGCAUCUGGACCUGCGCAACAAUCAAAUUAACCACCACGGAACAUUGGAGCUUGCUCAGGCUCUCAAACGCAACAGCACGCUGAAAGUGCUAGAUCUGAGGUGGAACAACAUCGGUCUUCUGGGUGGCAGGUAUCUUCUGUCCAAUCUGCCGAGCAACCACAGUAUAGAGCAGCUGGAGCUGGCAGGAAACAACAUACCCAGUGACACACUCAAGGCACUUGAGCAGAUUGUAGGACGCAACACUGAUCGCCAGUCCACCUUAAGAGAGAGCCACAGCAGAAGCCAGGUCCUCACAAAGGAGAUUCAGAUCUUGAAGCAGGAGAAGGGACAACAGUUCCAAAACUUGAUGGGGACUAUUGACCGGCAGAGAGAAGAGAUGGGACGAUCAAGCAGGUCCACUUCCAUACAGAUCAGUCAACUCCAGGAAGCACUAAAUGGGAGGAAGUCGGCUGUAAACUCUCUCACGACAAAAUUGCAGAUGAUGGAGGCUGCCCUCGCGCUCUCUGAGCAGAAAAAUCACAACCUGGCUGAGCUGAUAGCAAAACUGAAGGUUGAGAAAGAGCAGCAGUUGGAAGUGCGGAACAGAGAGAAGAAAAAAGAACACGAGGACAGCAUUUCCAGAGAGGGUAAGCUUCUCAGAGAGAUCCAAAAUCUGACAGAAAUCAACGUCCAACUGAAAAGCACAGUGGAAGAGGCGGAGUGUAGGUGCAAGACUCAGCAGCAGCAGCUUUUUGAGUUGAAGCAGGAACUUACCAACAACACAGCUGAGCUAAAGCUCAAGCUAGCACAGGCAGAAGACCGCCUGGAAAUAGCCAAGCGAAUGUCCAAGCAAGCCCUGGAGGACCUAGAUAAUCGCAGAGAGAGAGAGCUUGGCCAUGUGAAUCAGCAUCGGGAGGAAAAUGAGAAAGUCCUUCAGGAACGCAUCCUCAAACUGGAAGGACAACGAAUUCAGCUGGAAGAGGAUUUGAGUAGGACUAAGGCGGCAUGUGUAGCGGAGAGAUCCCUGGCGGAAGAGCAACUGGGAAAAGUUCGUGCUCAGGUGCGCCAGGAAGAGCAGGCACAUGUGUCAUCGUUGGAAGAGAAGCUUCGCUCAGUGCGCUCCUCCCUGCAGGAGGUCCAGCUGCAGUGUUCCCAGCAAAAACAGAUCAUCUCUGAGCAGCAGGCCAAAAACUGUCAGCAGACCAUGGAGACAGACGGCCUGCGCCGCAGAAUCGAGGAGCUCCAGCAGGAACUGUCUGGAAAGGACCAGGAGAGGGUGGCUGAGGUGAGUCGAGUGAGGGUGGAGCUGCAGGAGCAGAUCGGACACCUGGAGGCUGAAAGAACUGCACAAGGAGGACUAAAAGAGAAGAUAUGUGCUCUAGAGAGAGAAAUUAAAGUACUGACUAGUAACCACAGAGAAGCGCUUCUGGAUAAAGAGAGUGAGACAUCAUCUCUGUUGGAAAAGCUGCGGUUAAAAGAGGUAGAGAUCCAAAGAAUGAGGGACGAUGAAGCCCAGAGGGCUUCCUGCCUGCAGAACGCCAUCCUUACUUAUGUUAAAGGUUCUCCUCUGGGACAGUACAGCAGCCCUAAGACGUGAUCACCUGCACAGAUGCCUUCAGUCUGAUGACUUCAACUUUUUAGUGAUCAAUUUUUGUGUCCGUACAAAAAAAAACAUCUGAAGUCCGUCAAAUGGUGCUAAUUGAGAAGGGCAGCUGUGCUACUUCCUUGUCCGUUUAAUCAGACUUUUUCUAUUUUUGCUACCAUUUUUCUGACUUUCUGAAAGCCGCAUUAUACAAGAUGUUCUGAAGUUAUGAAUUAAUAAAUCAAUUAUGUGGAUACUGAUAUAUUUUUGUCAACAGAAUCUUUUAAAUUCAUCUCAAAAAGUGUGUUGAUUUACAAUAAUAGAUCUACCAUGCAACUUUUGAUUAUUAUUAU